AUGAGGCGCACGCCAGGACAGCCGGCGAGGGGCCUCGGGGCUCGGGGCUCGGGGGCGAGGCAGGGGCGCGGAGGGGGUCACAGGGGCAGGGCCGGGCGGGAGGGGCCGGGGGGGCGAGGUGGCAGGGGGGCCGAGGGGGCUGGGGACCGAGGGGCCGACGGGCAGGGGGCCGGGGGGGGGGGCGUUUGUCCUCGCCGCCCGUCAUCGCGGCAGAUGUUCCCGAGUUGCGGGCGGAAGGUUGCAGCGCUCCCUGCCCAUGCCAGCGGCGCCCAUGACCUGCUUCAGGGCAUAACCUUCAGUGCGAACGUGGUAAGUGUCGCGGGCAGCUGCCAGGCCCCGGGGCGCGAGGGCCGGGCACGAGGGGCACGGGGGCAGGCGGCGCCCGAGUGCCUUCGAGCAGCUCCUCGAGGCAGAGCUCAGCGCCGGAUGAAAACACUCUCAGUGGGCAUUGAUUCAACCGGUUUUUCGAGUCGAGAAGUAAAGGUGAGGGAGAGCAUGAGGAGGGCGCCCGAGAGGGCCUUCCACAGGGGCACCCUGGCUUGGCACGGUGCCAGAAUUGCUCAGCUGCCUGCGCCUCCGCGGCUCUGCUUUCUCGGGAUCCGGAGCAGAGGGCGACCUGCUUCAGGUGGAGGCCGAGAGGGAGGGCGGCCCAGGAGUCCUCGGCUCUGCACCCCAGAGGCCCGGCUCAGCCAGCCAGUGUCCCCGAAGGUAUUUGCGACGAGCGACGCCCUCCAGGGGAGUCCCAAAGCCAGGCUCCUGCAAACCCAGCUAUCCAAACACGACCUUUCCUGCCUUAUAGCUGUUCUCUUGUGA